AAUUAAAUAUAUUUAAAAAUGUAAAAAACAAUGUUCAUUCCAAUAAUGCUAUAAAGUGCAAUAAUGAUUUCAAAUUUCACCCUUCAUGAGUUCAGCCCCCUAAAGGGGUUGAAUAUAACUGCGGCGCUUAAUAAUAAUCUAAACUUCGGGGCGGACUUGGACAUAUUCUUUCAGCCCGAGAAUGUCCUUAUCACUCUAUACGUUCCUGUGAUACUGCUGUCAUUAGUGGCUAACAUCCUACUGAUAGCUGUUGCUGUGAAAUGCAAUUAUACCAAGAAUGUCACAAACAUAUUCCUGGUGAACCUGUCGGCUGCUGAUCUCCUGGUCACUGGAGUGUGCAUGCCCAUCCAACUCAGCAAGGCCAUCACUCUCGUCUGGUUCUACGGUGAGACCGUGUGCAAGAUAGUCAAUUAUAUACAAGGUGUAGCAGUAGCGGCGUCAGUGUUCACCAUAUCAGCCAUGUCGGUGGACCGGUGGCUGUCCAUAUCCCCGGAGCCUCGUCUGCGACCCCCUGGCCGGCGGCAGGCGCUGCUCCUCCUGCUGUUGCUGUGGGGGGCAGCGAUGCUCAUCUUCAUACCACUCUCCAUAGUAGCGGGGGUGAGGAAGGAGUCAGUACCAGUUAUUUCUAAAGGAUUAAGGAAUAUUUCGAUAGAAACGAGAGAUGUCCACUUCUGCGUGGAAGAGUGGCCUUCUCCAGACACGAGGAAGCAGUUCGGCAUGUUUAGCUUCACCUUAGUCUACGCUAUUCCUGGUUCAAUAACAAUAAUGUCGUACGCGUGCAUGGGCCGGACGCUGUGCUCCGUGCGGCCGCCGUUCGACAUCGACGAGGGAAACAUUAGUAUGCAACAGGGUCUUCGCCUGAUGAAGGAGAGGAAGCGGGUGGCGUGGAUCUUGCUGCUCCUGGCGGUGCUGUUCGCGCUCUGCUGGAUGCCGUACAACAUCAUGCAGCUGCUGCUGGACAUCAGCGUGGUGGAUGCCAAGGAUCUUAGCGUUUAUCUGCCUUAUGCUUUAUUUUUAGGGCACGCUAACUCGGCCAUUAACCCCAUAGUCUAUUGUCUAAUGACACGCAAUUUCCAGCGGUCGGCACGGAAGCUGCUUUGCGGUCGAGCCGUCUGUCAACAGACAAAAUUUACGUGGCGGUGCAAUCAGAAACCUGAAGGAUCUUCGAGUGACUACGAGCUUUACCACGAACCGCACAAAAGGUGUUACUUACAGAUGAACGCACUACGCCACAACGGACAUGCGUACUGCACGCAGAUACCGCGAGGCAUCGAGACUCGCGCGCAGACUACGCAGCUGAGUCAUGUGACUCGCUCCUCGCGGCGUACUGCGCCCGCGCACGCUCUCUCCGCAGAUAUGUUACAGAGGCAUGGCCAUAUUGACUUUCGACGCUGAUAUUAAGUGUGAAUGGUGUAAAUACUCCGUGGCGUAUUGCUAUAUAGUACAGGGUCGAGGCAGUAGUGAGACAUUAGGAUAUCAAGGUAACGUAAUGUUUUAGUAGGAAUGGUGGAUGGUAUCGGAGCUUCUGGGACGGAUACGUUGAAUUGUGAUUACAUUAUGUUAUACAUGUAUUAUUACACGUAUAUUGUGUUAUAUUUGCUGUUGAAAAAUAUGUAAUAACCAAAUGGAAAAAGGUUUUUUUUGUGUUUUCUAUUUAUUUUUUAUUAAAUGAAAAUUACUCUUUAUUUUUUUUUUAUCUUGAACUAUCAUUUUUCACGUCAAAAUACAACAGUUCGCCGAGUUCGUCACUUCUGAAAAACUUGAGUUUUAUAACAUUUUUAUUAAAAGAAAGCUGUCCAAUUUUAAAAUAGCGUUUUAACACGACAGCUAUGAAAGCUCCAUUGUGUUCCACACGCUUUGAAAUAUGAAACAUCAUUUUUUAUAAUUAACAAUACGCUUUGUCUUCGUAGACUUAAUUCCAUAGAAUUGUUUUAUAAUUAGACUUGACCUUGUUUUGUUGGUAAAAUGAAACUUCAAGUAAUGCUAAGUACAAAAAUUUUCUUCUUUCACAGAAAAAUUACACUGCAUUGAAAGGUAAAUAUUUAGUAAAACUUUUGUGGUACCGUUUUAUAUAAAUAAAAUAUAAAUUAAUUAAGACGAGCUUGGUUCAAUUAAAUUUCUUUGCAGGUUAUAAGGCAAAUUACCUACAUCAUUGAUUCGCGUUUCAAGAUUAGACUGUGUAUAUCCAGUUUUAAACUCGCCUGCAUAGCUCUCAUAAUGUCCAAUCACGUAGCUACAAUUCUUCAACCGAAAUAUAAGUGUUGUACUGCUGGACAGACAAUAUCAACUCUCAUGAAUCACACACAUCUAUUAAGAUAAGUUGUUUUCUCCGCCCCCCGUCAUCCUUUCAUUAAAAGCGGCGACGGUGAUAUUUGCAGAGAAUAGCCUAAGGGCCUAUGCACAAUCAGCAUUUAAAUGAGUUUAUGACAUAAAGAGAACCGAAACACGAGGGUUAUGGGAACGUACUUCUUAAUGUUGAAGAAUUCAUGUCACAUAAUUCCUACUGGCCUAUCUUUGCUCUGAAUUACCUCUGAACAUAGAGAGUGAAUUAUCGGUUGCUUUAGUGGUGAAGGAAAACACCGUGAGGAAUCCUGCAUACCUGAGAAGUUCUCUAUAGAAUAUGAGGGUGUGCAAAGUCUACCAAUCCGUAGGCCAUUUUGGUGGACUCAGGACUAGUCUCUCUAGUAGUAGAGGAGGCCCGUGCCCCGCAGUGAGUAUAAUACAGGGCUGAUAUUAUUAUUAUUUAUUGUUAUAGUUAGUACAAUAGUGAGUAUUUGAAAUACUCAAGUACGGUAACUUUUUGAAAAGUAUGUACCACUGAUAUUGUACACUGAGUACAUCCACUUAGCACGACUGCUAAGAACAAUUUAAUUCAUUUUGAAAACGUCAUGGUAUGCAACCUAAGGUUGUUACAGUUAAACUGUACAAAAAGUUAUUACUUACCUACCUUACAAUGGACCUGGAUUAUGUGUAUAAUGAAAACCACGUAAGCUACGUCGUUUCUAAACGACAAAUGAAAAUUUGAAAUUUCUGCCAAAGCAUAAUAUAUUUUAUGAGAAUAUGAUCGAGUCAACUUGUAAAUAAAUAUAGACCACUACAGUAUCGAAACGAUAAAACUAUCAGAUAUAUAAAUUUUACGAACGAAAUAAAAUUUUAGGAUUUCUAAAAAAAGUGAAAUCGAAACACAAUUUUACUAGUACAUAUCUUUAUAUACCGCAUCUCUAGAACAUCUAUAGCCAUACCGAAUUAUUAAACAUUUCGAACCGUAAAACCGUUUCUCGCAAACCGUAAUUUCACGGUGAAUGAUCACUGCCAGGUUGGCUUGAUUACGCAUUUUUAUGAUAACGGUACUACCGAAACGACGCUUGAUAAAUAGGAAGUACUUGGAAAUUAAUCAUAGGAUUACCAGAAACAGGAAUUGUUACCGAGUAAUACAAUUUUACCCAAUGUUAUAAGCUUGUACCCACUACGAUGUUUGUGUGUGUCCCAGUAUAUUGUGCAAAUAAAUCUUUUCUUUCUUUCUUGUAAUAUUGGAUUUAUAAAAUUAAAACCACUAUUAUUUUAAUUAUACCAUAUACUUCAAUGUUAAGGUGUUAACUAGCACGUGUUCCUUAUUGCCCUGUACGUGGUUCUAGCUAACUCGAAUUGCCGUGUUUUUUUGUAUUAUCUAUGUGUCAUGUGGAUCCUAUAGAACCAACUGGUGAAUUUUACUGUUGGUAGAUCUCUCAUAUGUGAAAGACCGUCUGUUUUUAGGUACCACCUUAAUGUCAAUUUCUACCACCAAGCAGCAGUGCGUCACUGUUCAGUUCCAGUUUGAAGAACAUUGUAGCCAGUGUUA